UUGAGAGGGGAAGAAUGCGCCUCCUCCUAUGUGUUCCUCGCGAGCAUAUACACGCACGCUCUCAAAAUUUAGGGUUUAGCUAGGGUUUUGGAGGAAAAUGGCGACAGCGCUUGGCGCCCAGCUCAAGGCGCUGUCGUCAAUCCAGGGGCGGGAGACGGCUUUGGUUCCUGGCACUCGCACGCGCCCAUCGCUGCUGUUUGAUCCCAGGAAAGCGGCGGAUAUCGAUCUCCAGGCGAUUUUUUCAAUCGCUCAAGCAGGAUUGCAAGAGCUGCUGGAGCUUAAUGGCGCGUUCGUUCCAUUCCAAAGGACGCUCUUUAGCACCGAGAGCACACAAACGGAUAGAGAGCUCCAGACAAAGGAAUUCAAUGACAAGCUCAAUCAAUCCAUCGCGUCGUUCUUGCAAGUCCUCUCGGCAUUUGUUCUUCUCCCUCCGGCUCACCAAGUUCUGGAGUACCUCAUCCGGCGCUACAAGAUCCAUGUCUACAACGUUGAAGAUGUCAUGAUGUCCAUACUUCCAUUCCACGAAACCAGCGUUUUUGUUCGAAUUGUUCAGCUCCUCAAGCUCAAGAAAACGAGGUGGGAGUUUCUUAAGGGAGUGCAGAAAUCCGGUGCUGCCCCGCCCCGUGAAGUUCUCGUACAAAGAUGCACCCAUGACAAUGCUUUCUUGGAAGCUGUCUGUGACACGGGACUGAUGGGAAUUAAACCUCUGGUAAACGCAAGGACACAUGUAACAUUCAGCUGCGUGACAGUGAUGGAGACAUUGUCGAAGAUCCCUUCCGUAACGAAAGAUGUCUUGAAUAAAGUCAUGCCAUUUAUUCUUCAUGCUUUUGAGAAUGGCGUGACUGAUGAAUAUCGGGUUGGGGGACUAAUGAUAAUCGGCCUGCUGACUGGCAAGGCAACUCUUACCAAGAACUUGUGCUCAACGCUGCUCGAGUCAGUGAGCAAAGCAGCGUCUAGAGGAGAUGCGCAGCUGUCUCGCCUCUCGCUGAUGAUUAUGAUUCAGAUUUUACAGACUCAAGAAGUGGACCUUUUCCCUCGGAAGGCGUUCAAGUACACCGUAAAAGUGAAGGAGCUUCCAGUAUUGUUGACAGAGCUAUCAAAACUAUUUGACGCCGAGAGGUUCAUUUUCUUGUUCUCUAGUGCCCUUGCAGAGCACAGCCUACGGAGCAGAAACUACGAGAAAAGAUUUUUUGAGAUGAUUGCGGAAUUAAAUCUUGGACGCCAUGUGAAGGUUAUUUUGUCGAGACUACUCAAUGCUGGCAUAGAAAAAGAAGCCGAGGACAAUAAUUUUUGUGCUAAGGAUUUUUUCCGAAAAGCGCUUCCAGCUAUUGAAAAGCUAUAUCCGUCCGAGCUAGACAGCGCUGUGAAGUCCUUGUUUCAGGAGAAAAAUAGUCCGAUAAUAAAGAUUCUGGAUCAUGUCUUAAAAGAUAGUCUGCGAAAGCCUUUGGAAAUGGCCGAGUGCAGUUUGUACGAAUCUAUAGACCAUCCAAAGGCUGAGGUCCGAAAGCUGGCUGUGCAACAUAUCUCGGAGAUGUCCAUGACAGCUGAGGCUGCUCCGAUUAUCUGCGGAGCUUUGCUUCGCCGACUCGGUGACAGUGAUCUGGCAGUAGUACAAACUGUUGUGUCGAUCAAUGGGCUAGAAGAGCUUAUUCCACCAGAAAAGCUUAUCAGACCUGUAUGCAGUUUGAUCCAUAAUUGCAUGGAUGUCCUUCAAAGAGGCCCAAAACCUUCGAGAGAUGAUGCAAAAGCGGUUUUAAAGAAGUGUUUGGAACUUGUGGAAACACAUUUUUCAGGACAGGACAGUAGCAUGCAGAAGGAAGUCCAACGUUGCCUUCUGUGCUAUAUAACAGUAAACACUAAAACAUGGAAGCAGAACCUGCAAGCUUUGAAUGCUUCAGCGCAAUUUCCAGUUUUGCUCUUCAAAUUCCUACCAAAAGAACUUCCUGAACGCUCUGAAGACCGAGGGCUUAAGGAUGCCUGGUAUACCGAAGUGAACGAUAAGAUUGUAACUGCGAUUGCAGAGUCUAUAGUUCAGGAUCACACUUUAACUGACUUAUUGCUAGAAGCAGCCAUGAUAUCUGACAACGCCAAAAUGUUGAGCCUUCGCGUACUUCCGAGAUGCUUUGUGGAAGGUCCCGAUGGAAAUUCAGAGCAGUUAUUAAAGAAAUGCAUUCAAUUUCUUCGCGAGGAGUGGUCAGCAAUCGCAACUAACACUGAUACUCUUGGAUCGGUCGAUUAUGUUUCUCAGUACGAUGCUGACGAGUAUCUACUCCUGGGAAAAGGAGAGCUUAUUCUUCUUGCAUUGUAUAGGAUCAUCCCGUUCUUGGACUCGUCCGAAGUUCGUGGUAGUAUUUAUCUUCUUUUUGCAAACUUUCCCACGUGGGACGUUUUCAAACCACAUCUGUUAAUUUUCCUCGGGCGCACUUCCGAUGCUGUUUCUUUUCUUUUGGAAAGCUCAGUAACAGAAGAUAGCACAACGCCUUUACAAGUACAUAGCUUGAGUAUCCUAGCAUGGUAUAUUUCUGAAACUUCUAUUUCGGAUGAGAAGCAGUUACUGUUGGCCGUGGUUGGCUGCAUUGUAGCUCUUGCAAGCUCUUUGAAGUCUGUACGCGCUGCUGCCAUGCGGUGCUUAAAAACAAUCAAGCAGGAAGGUCAAGUCUUGAAGAGGCUUUUUUUUCUUUUGCAAGCCAUACAUGCCAGUUCCAAGAACUUCGUAAACGAUAGGAGGUUUUUGUCAUCCUUUCUUCAUACUAGUCUUGAUAAAAGCAAGCUCAGCGAACGAGAGAUUGAAUCCAUUGUGAUGUGCCUAGUAGAACAAGCUCUAAAGUUACCGCUUUCAAUGCAGGGACUUUUCUUUGAAGUGCUUCGUGCCGUGCCUUAUACCCCUAGUAAGGCAGCUGCUGCCGAGAACUACUUCCUUGAGCUGCUGCAAAGGCGCAAGGCUUACCAUUUAGUAGCGUCUACGUCAUCUCUAGGAAAACUGAAACAUAUAGAGAUAGAUAUAAUCGAUUAUCUGCUGGAGAUAAACGUAGAGCAUAUUUCCGUAUUGCAUUCGGGGAAGGAACAGAUGCGGGCGCUUCUUGAAGCUCUGAGUACUACAGGAGGAUCUACUGGGGAUCCAGCGGUUGUGAGGCCUUGCCUGUUGGCUCUGAAGUUCCUAUCUUCCGACCUAUACAACGGACUUGAAUCUUGCUUUCAGGAAGCAAUAUUUGAAUCCCUCUUAGAACUAGCAGCUGUAACGGAUAAUUCAAUAUGUUCAUCUGCCCAACAUACUUUGGAUACCCUUCAGAUUGACCUUGCCAUUGUUUCAAAAUACCUCGGUUACCUCUAUUCUCUAGAUGCUUUCACGGGUAGCGAAAGGAAUAAGAAAAGCAAGCGAGUAGAGAAUACGAAACAUUGGCCUAGACAAGGUGAAGAAUUAAAGGUCAGCAUAGCGUUACUUGAGUUCCUAUUGCGGAUGACAAAGAUAGAUGCAUGUGGAGGGCUUCUGAAACCACUAUUUGAGCUUUUGCGUUGUCAUCUCAACGGACAGUGGCCUAAGUGCGAAACGGAAGUUUCUGAAGGCGAUGUGCAGCAUACGGCGCAGCUGCUCUUAACUGUCAUUGAGAAUAUUAUAAGAUCCAAACCUGCGGAGUGCACUUCGGAUAUGGAUGCGGACUUGCUUAUUGAGUACCUUAAGGUGGCAAAAGAUGAUGUUACAAGAACCCAGGUCUUCUCCGUUAUUGCUGCAGGAGGAAAUUGCUGUCCGGAUCGAUUUUUACCACAUGUUGUGGAAAUCGUUUCAAUUGCAGGCGCUUCUAUAGUAACAGAAGAUGUGAGUCACUUCCACACGGUGGUACAGCAGAUGCUUGAUUCCGUUGUCCCAUUCUGGCUGAAACAAAUGAAUGAUCCACGCUCGCUGCUGGAGGUAUUUAUCGAGGCUUUGCCUGCUGUUCCGCCACACCGUCAGACGGAUUUGGUGAAAUGUGUUCUGAGGGUUACAGAAGAGGACCGUAGCAUCUCCGCCUUUUUGCUUCUUUUGAUCAGAAGAUAUGAAAAAGAAGCUGAGAUGUGGCCUUUAAGCUUCGCCGAAAGGCUCUGUAUGAGUUACGACCCCAACACAAGAAUUUCGGCCCUUGUAAAGUUGUCAGCUGAAUUCGAUCUUGGAGCCCUACGAACAGAGGAUACAAGCAUUUGGUCCACCUUGCAACUUUCAACUCGGUUCAUUGCCACUCAACUCCAAAGGCUGGAAGUACAUCUACUAGACAAUGAUAUUGUGGUACAAGAUGCUUGUCGUACGCUUAUGGAGCAUGCACUCCAGCAGCUGCAGAUGCUUUCUGACAAGAAAAUGAAAGCAUUAUCUGAAGUGGGAGCCUCGUGCUUGGAUGCUGCUCAUCUUUUCCUUGGUUCGCUGACAAAGUUGAUGAGCCCCUCGAUAUUUUGCAAAACUGUGGCUUUCAUGCUGCAAAAUUCUAACAAUGCCAUCCGUCGCAAGGUGUUCCAAAUUUAUGUCUCAAAGCUGAAAGAACGAGAUGCAACACCUAAGAAAAGGAGCGCUGCUAGUAAUUUCACUGGCGAUCUGGAGGGACAUAUGGAAAUAGUCGCGCAGAUAUCGAAAUUGCUCGAGAAACAAGACUUGUCUUUCCGAACAACACAGGCGGCUAUCUCAUCGUUAGACGUCGCAGUUCAGAAGUUUGGAGGGGCAUGUGCAUCAGCAUUCGUUUCCUGCCUACCAGCCGUGCUGACAAAACUCGAGGACGAACACAGAGCUGUUGUGGUGGCAUCCGUGCACUGUACAGCUUCAAUUCUAUCGACAGCUGGUGCGGAAGCGUUGCCAAGUCUUCCUGCAGUUAUGGCUGGCCUGUUAAAGAUCGCGCAUCAGUGUACGAGCGAAGCUGACAACGAGAAAGACCUGGAAACUGCUAUUGCUUUCGCCUUGGAAGCGGCCGUAGACAAACUCGGCUCCUUCUUAAGUCCUUACAUCGAAGGAAUUAUUCGCGUGGUGAUAUCGCCAAAGUUUAACAAGGCUGGAAAUCUUUCGACAAGGUUUGCUUCAUUGAGGACACUUGCGUCCGAAAGACUUCCGGCCCGUCUGCUUUUGGAUCCUCUGAUAAAUUCCUACAAGAUAGCAGUGGACGAAAGCGAGACGUCUGUUGCUUUUAUUUUCAAGAUGUUAGCUGUUAUGUGCUCGAAGAUGGAUCGUGCAUCUGUUACGGCGUAUCACACCAAAGUCUUUGAUCUGUGCAAGGAAGCUCUCGACCUGAGACGCAAACGGCCAGAGUCGUUUGUUUCACGUCACACAGUUGAGGAAAGCGUCAUCUCCGCCGUUACAUCUCUUGUGAUGAAGCUUAGCGAGACGACUUUUAGACCACUGUUCGUGACUAUCCAGCAAUGGGCAGCAUCACCAGUCGCAGACGGGAGUCAAAGCAUAGAGAGGAGUAUUGUCUUCUACAAACUCGUCAAUCAACUCGCCGAGAAGCUCAGAUCCGUCUUCGUACCAUAUUUUCGCUACCUCGUCGACGGAUGUCUCGCAGUACUGGCGAAGAGCGGCGAGACUAGAAAAUCGAAGAAAAGGAAAACGGUGAGCGUUUCAGCCGACAGCGGUUCCGCUUUGGCCAAAUGGCACCUCAAGCACUUGGUCGUCUCGUCCCUGCACAAGUGCUUCUUGUACGACUCUGUCGGUUUUCUGGAUGCACCUAAGUUCCAGCAAUUGCUGCCAUCUCUUGCAGACCAGCUCCUAGAGGAAGCUCCGCCGGAGCUGGACGGCUCAACAGACGCAGACGUACCCACACUUGCCGAAGCAGACGAGACAGUGGUGUCGUGUCUCAGUAGAAUGGCGCUCACCGCCGGCACGGACGUCCUGUGGAAGCCACUCAAUCACGAGGUCCUGAUGAAGACCCGGAGUGGCAACGCGCGAGCGAAAAGGCUGGCGUUGGAUGUCGUCAAGAUGCUGGCGGAGAACUUGAGGGAGGAGUAUCUCGUUUUCAUUCCCGAGACCAUCCCGUUCCUGUCGGAGCUACUGGAGGACCAGAACCUGGCUAUAGUGGCCAAGACGCAGGAGGUGAUUAAGUUACUGGAGGAACUAAGUGGAGAGAGCCUGGCACAAUACAUGUGAAGCCACUAAACAGAGUGUACAGUAACAUUUUGCAAAGUCACUUUGGUUUAAGUUUGGCCAAGAAGAAGCAUCUCUGGAGGUUUUAAUGGGCUUGCAGUAGACGCCAAAAAGAGGAUCCAUUCCGGCAUCCUCGACGGCAGUGGUGGCUGCUGCUCCAGCGUCUUCGUUGCCGUAUGUUGGGUCUUCAUACAAAAAGCUCAAAUUUUUGUAUUGUGUCAAAAUUUUGUAUGCUUUUUUUAAUUUAAAUUCAUUAAACGCGGUUAAUAAAUUCAA